UGUCAGAUUACGAAAAUUUGUUAGUUUUAGCUUAGCAACCAUUUUUAGUUAAAGUUUCGGAAUGUCGUCGCGAGCGCGCGUGCAGACGUCGCAACGAGUCAGCAAAAUGAUUCAAAAGUACGAGGAACUAAUCUCCCAGCAGGCAUCUUCCAGCCCCAAACCUAGAGGACUGUACUUACGGCAGCAGGCGAAUGAGACACUGGCCAUGGGAGACGACAUCGAAGUCGAGAAGGUGGUGGAGUUCGAAGUGCUGAAGCUGGAGGAGCAAGACGAAGACAAAGCGGAGGAGAAUGUGAUGGAAGAAACGGCAGAAAAACAGUCGAAGAAGAAGCGCUUUGGCCUGUCCACACUUUGCAAACAAGCCAAACUGUUGAGCAAAUGGAAAAUGCCCUGUGGCACGAGACCCCGUUCGGAUAGCGAUUAAAUGUGCUGGAACGAGCCGCAGAAGGAAGCAGGAAGAAUGCAGCAGGAUGAGUCGAUGUUGAGGGUAAUUCAUAAAUAAUUUCAAGCUUUUACAUCACUUAUGAUUAUCAUGGGAAUCGUCUGAACCAAGGACGUCCACCUUGAAGCACACCGGACCUUGACCACGGCU